AUGUCUCAGGACGAGAAAAAGGAUCCAGGCUACGUCCUGGGCACAGAGACUGAUGGAACAGACUCUUUUGAUACCAUCACUGCUUUGGUAGCUGCAGACCAUGAACAUGAUAUCAAGCUUCGGACAAUGUCGUGGCAGAAGACGGCCUGCUUGCUUGCUGGUGAGCAGGUCUGUCUGGCCAUCAUGGCACAGUCAUGGUCUCUCUCUGUUCUGGGAUGGGUUCCGGGAAUCAUUACUAUGGUCCUAUGCGGGCUCCUCUUCUGGGUCACCUCAAUCACAAUGCACAAGUAUAUCAUGAAACAUCCUCAUAUCAUGGAUAUCUGCGACUUUGGAUACCACAUAUUUGGACAGAGCAAAACUGCCUAUGCCUUCUCCGCAUUCAUGAUGCUUGCGAACAACAUUCUUCUCAUUGGAUUUCACGUCCUGACUGGCGCCAAGGUCUUGAAUACCCUCUCGGACCACUCAAUGUGCACCGCUGUCUUCUCAAUAAUUACGGCCGUUAUUGGAAUUGUCAUGUCCAUGCCCCGGACCUUACAGCAUAUUAGCUUCAUGUCAAUGUUCUCAUCCGCCUGUAUGGGUAUCGCAAUUAUUCUCUUCCUCGUUUUCGCCGGUAUUGAAGAAGCUCCUCUCUACGGAUACAAGGGCAACUACCCGACAGCCGGACUCGUGAAGACUUAUGCCUUCCCACUGCCAGGUACAACAUGGGUUGCGUGUAUGAAUGCUGUGUUGAACAUCACCUACCUCUGGGUCCCGCAAAUCCUAUUCCCAACCUUCAUCUCGGAGAUGGAAAGGCCGCAGGAUUUCCCCAAAGCAUUGGCCGUUCUCGGCGUGAUCUCCGCCAUCCUAUUCAUCGUCCCUUCAGCGAUUGGAUUCCGCUACCUAGGUCAAUACGCAACCGCCCCAGCUUUCGGCAGUCUAGGAGUCGUAUCAUACAAGAAAUCAUCCUUCGGUUUCGUGAUCGUCCCCACCCUGGUCAUCGGCGUGAUUUACGCCAACGUAACCGGGAAAUGGAUCUACACCCGCGUCCUCGGCAAGUCCCGACACUCGCACAGCCACACCGUGAUUGGAUGGGGUGUCUGGGGGGUAAUCAUGGUCGGGGUCUGGGUCCUCGGGUUUGUUUUCGCAGAGAUCAUUCCCAGCAUGGGUGAUUUUCUUUCCCUGCUCAGCGCAGCCUUUGAUUCUUUCUUCGGGUUCAUUUACUUUGCCGUCGCAUACUGGCAGCUUAACCGGGGAUCGCUUUUCAACGGUCUGGGAAAGACCGCUAUGACUCUACUUAAUGUUCUCAUCAUGAUGGUUGGACUGUUCUUGCUGGGUCCCGGGCUAUAUGCAGCUGUUGAGGCGAUCAUUGCUGACUAUUCGGGAUCUGUCACACCUGCCUUUACUUGUGCCAAUGUGGCUAUCUAA